AACGAGCGCGUUGUUUGUUURCGACGUUUCCACAAGAAUGUGAAGGUGGGGCGUUUUGCGAUAUUCAGGAAAUUGACAUUUUUGCUCUUUUCUCAGAGUAGAGAUGUACGAGUGUAUUUCGUUUUUUUUUUCUUAGCGUGCUUACACUUCUAAGAACUCUUUGAAUGGUUCCCCAUUUAACAUAAUGAUGACGAGAAAACCCAACCAACCUCAACCCCCAAACAGAAGAGGAAAGGUCAGUGCUUGUGCCAGUGGGCAAAUUGACUCACUGGACAUCAAUACCAUGACUGAUUCAGAGACGGUUCCUCCAUCACAAAAGAGGCACCUGACCAUGAUGCAGCAUGGCGACAACCUCCUCAAGUUUCUAAACGAGGACCGAACGAAGCAGAGGUUCUGCGACGUCUCUGUCAGUGUGGGCGGGAAGCGCUACAGAGCCCACAAAGCCAUGUUGGCGCACGGUAGCAGCUACUUCCACGCCGAGCUGACCAAAAACCCAACCGCCGAUCACGUGAUUCUUGACCACGUGGAGGAUUCCGUGUUCCAACACUUACUGCACCUCCUUUACACGGCCGAGUGCGUCAUUCCCGAGAGCGAGGUCCCUGCCCUGACUGAAGCGGCCGGCUUCCUGGACAUGAUGGAUGUAGUGAAGCUCCUGGCAGGAGAGGGGGAUGGCCGGCCAGCGCUUGCCCGAGUGGAGGUUAAGUCCGUGGGGGAACCAAGCUCAGAGAAGACCUCUAAAGCUUCUGACCUUCCAUCAGACUGUGUCGGGGUCCAAAGCCMAGUCCAGGCUGGUGCCCACCAUUGUUCAUUCUGCAGCCGCACGUUUUGCUACAAGAAGUCUCUGGAGAACCAUUUAAACAGGAACCACAGUAGCAGCACCGAGGGAGACGCCAGAGAAAAGGUGGUCAAUCAAGAGGUUACUACCAUGGUAACCACAACCCGGAGGUCUGCCCGCAGGAGGAGAGUUCCCGCUAAAUUGGAGAGAGGUGAYGCGGACAGCGCCGGCGCAACAGAGGGGAAACUACAUCAAGACCCCGCUAGUAGAGACCCAAACACCACAGAGGAAGAUGACGAGGAAGAUGAAGAAGAACAAGAAGAUGGGAGAAAACCAAAGCACAUAUCCGACACAGGAGAUGCACUCACCCCAACCGAGGGUGAGGAGGCGGAAGAGGAGAGGGAGGAGGAGGAGAUGGUGGAAGAACGUCAAAGUGCGUUAGUACGGGGAGCAAGAGAGAGCGGUGAGAGUUCAGAGGUGGAGACAACAGAACACCAGACAGUCAAUGAGGUGGAGGUAUAUAGUCAGGCUGCCAAUGGUUCUAACUAUGGAACAGUGUACCCAGAGGGACUGGCUCCUGUCAUCAUCCAGAGCGUAAGCAAGAAGACGCUCAAGUGCCCCAAGUGUGACAAGACCUUUGACCGCACAGGGAAGUAUGAGAGUCACACCAGGGUACACACGGGAGAGAAGCCCUUCCAGUGUGACGUGUGUCUGCAGUGUUACUCCACCAAGUCCAACCUCACUGUACACAAGAAGAAGCACGCCAGCGACGCCCCCUUCCAGAAGAAGGACCACAAGUGCUCCUUCUGCAACAAGCUCCACGCCAGCAAAAAGACCCUCGCCAAACACGUCAGAAGGUUCCACCCGGACCACAUUCAGGAGUUCCUGGCCAUGAGGAGGAAGAAGAACGAUGGAUGGAAGUGUGAUAUCUGCCACAAGUCUUUCACACGUAGACCCCAUCUGGAGGAGCACAUGAUUCUACACACGCAAGACCGACCCUUCAAAUGUGCCUUCUGCGACGACUACUUCAAGUCCAGGUUUGCCCGCUUGAAGCAUCAAGAAAAGUACCAUUUAGGUCCGUUCCCAUGUGACAUCUGUGGCCGCCAGUUCAACGACACGGGUAACAGGAAGAGACACAUUGAAUGUACACACGGGGGCAAGAGAAAAUGGACCUGCUUAAUCUGUGGGAAGUCAGUGAGGGAGAGGACAACGUUGAGAGAACAUUUGCGGAUUCACAGCGGAGAGAAACCUCACCUCUGCAGUAUCUGUGGACAGAGUUUCCGCCACGGCAGCUCUUAUAGGCUUCAUCUUCGAGUCCACCACGACGACAAGCGCUACGAGUGUGACGAAUGCGGAAAGACGUUCAUACGCCACGACCAUCUGACCAAACACCAGAAAAUACACUCGGGGGAGAAAGCCCACCAGUGUGAGGAGUGUGGGAAGUGCUUCAGGCGCCAUGAUCACCUGACCGUCCAUUACAAAAGUGUCCACCUGGGAGAGAAGGUGUGGCAGAAGUAUAAAACAGCUGUGCAUCAGUGUGAGGUCUGCAAGAAGGAGUUCAAAGGGAAGUCCAGUCUGGAGAUGCACUUCAGAACACACUCAGGUGAAAAACCUUACCGAUGCCCCGUGUGCCAACAGACGUUCCGCAUUAAGAAGACCCUCACCAAGCACAUGGUGAUCCACUCGGACGCCCGCCCCUUUAACUGCCCGCACUGCAGCGCCACCUUUAAGAGGAAAGACAAGCUGAAGUACCAUAUGGACCAUGUACACGGUGCUAAGUCCACUGAGCAGCAGCACCACCAGCAGCAACACCGCCAGCAGCCUCCGGUGGUGCUGACAGAGGACAAGAUGGUGACUCUGCCUUAUAAUACCCACGGCCCCUCCAAAGUCUACCGGGCUGAACCCAAGACCGUUCUCCAGAACGUCCCCUCCGACGUGUGUGUGCCUGUCACGCUGGUGCCCGUCCAGAUGCCCAGGGUGGUCUCGGGGGUACAGGGUGACCUGAGGGGACACGUAACCUGCCCGCCCCAAGGUCAGGGGCAGCAGCAGACAGCUGGGGGGUACCAGACUGCCACGGAGCUGGCGUUCCUGGAGAAGUACACGCUUACCCCCCAGCCAGCCAACAUUGUUCACCCGGUGCAGCCUGACCAGAUGUUGGACCCCAGGGAUCAGUCGUACCUGGGCACCUUGCUUGGCCUGGACUCUGCCACCCCCGUCCAGAACAUCUCCAACUCGGACCACGUCACCCAUUGAUAAUGCCUCUCUAUACUUCCCGUUUGGCAACAUUUUAUUUAAAGGGUACCUACAUAAGGACGUUAUAACACAUUUAUAACCCAUAGAGUACACAUUUAUAACCCAUACAGUACACAUGUAUAACCCAUACAGUACACAUGUAUAACCCAUACAGUACACAUUUAUAACCCAUACAGUACACAUUUAUAACCCAUACAGUACACAUGUAUAACCCAUACAGUACACAUUUAUAACCCAUACGAAACUGUAUAAGCCCAUAGAGGUAACGCUUAUUUGAAGGGUGCGGUUGUUAACAUAAGCAUUCACAAAAUGCUCAUGCACUGCUUAUGCAUGGCUUAUGUAUAGUUUAUGAAUGGGUUAUGAAUCUGUUAUGAAUGGGUUAUGUAUGGGUUAUGAAGUAUUUAUGUAUCUAGCCUUAAAAUAAAAUGCGAUCAUUCUG